UCACCUAUAUAUGUAGGCCUGUUCAGUAGGGGGUCACCUUCUUUCAUUUUGAAUAAAGUAUACUCUUUUGAUCCCUCUUUGUUUAAGUUUGAUGAUGCCUUCAACGCCUCUUUUCUAGGUUUCAUCGAUUUCCUCAUCUACCAAGUUCCCCAGAUCAGAAUUUCGAAGUUUCUUCAAAAAUUAAUCAAACAAUGGCUCCGACAACGAUAGAAGGGACGUCAAACGGGUCUGUAAAAGCAAAAGAGGAAGAACAAACAACACCUUCUUUAUUCGAAAUCGAUGACUCCGAUCUAACGAGGCUUCUAGAAAAACCGCGACCAGUAAACAUCGAGAGAAAAAGAUCGUUCGAUGAAAGAUCAUUUAGUGAAAUGUCGAUUACGAUGUCGCCACCACGUAAUAAUUUCUACAAAAUGAGCGAUAAUUCAUCACGGGGGUUUGAUAAUCUCGACGGCGUUUAUUCUCCGGGGAGAUGGACUGGAACUCCUCGGAGUGGGUAUUUUGAGCCUCAUCCGAUUGUUGGAGAUGCUUGGGAGGCUUUGAGAAGAUCAUUGGUCAACUUUCGUGGUCAACCUGUUGGGACUAUUGCUGCUCUUGAUAAUUCUUCAGAGGACCUUAAUUAUGAUCAGGUUUUUGUAAGAGACUUUGUGCCAAGUGCGUUAGCCUUUUUAAUGAACGGAGAACCCGAAAUCGUAAAAAACUUCCUCCUAAAAACCGUUUUCCUCCAAUCACGCGAAAAAAAGGUCGACAAUUUCAAAUUAGGCGAAGGGGUAAUGCCCGCAAGUUUUAAAGUGCUUCAUGACCCCGUGAGAAACACGGAAACAAUUUUAGCGGAUUAUGGUGAAAGCGCGAUUGGGCGUGUGGCCCCAGUUGACUCAGGGUUUUGGUGGAUUAUACUGCUUCGUGCGUAUACGAAAUCCACGGGUGACUCGUCUUUAGCCGAAAUGCCUGAAAUCCAAAGGGGGAUUAGACUUAUUAUGACUUUGUGUCUUUCCGAAGGGUUUGAUACGUUUCCUACUUUGCUAUGUGCGGAUGGAUGUUGUAUGAUUGAUCGAAGAAUGGGUGUAUACGGGUAUCCAAUCGAGAUCCAAGCACUAUUCUUCAUGGCGCUAAGAUGCGCCUUACUUCUCCUAAAACGCGAUUGCGAAGGCAACGACUGCAUUGACCGAAUAGUCAAACGCCUCCACGCGCUCUCCUUCCACAUGCGAAGUUACUUUUGGCUCGACAUCAAACAACUCAACGACAUCUAUCGCUACAAAACCGAAGAGUACUCUCACACCGCAGUCAACAAAUUCAACGUAAUCCCCGAUUCGCUUCCCGAAUGGGUCUUCGAUUUCAUGCCGACACGUGGAGGUUACUUUAUUGGGAAUGUAAGUCCGGCGAAAAUGGAUUUCCGGUGGUUUUGUUUGGGGAAUUGUGUGGCGAUUUUGUCGUCGUUAGCGACGCCUGAACAGAGUUCGGCGAUUAUGGAUUUGAUUGAGUCGAGGUGGGGGGAACUCGUCGGAGAGAUGCCGUUGAAGAUUUGUUAUCCGGCGAUGGAGAGUCAUGAGUGGAGGAUUGUUACCGGGUGUGAUCCGAAGAAUACGAGUUGGAGUUAUCAUAAUGGUGGAUCGUGGCCAGUUCUAAUAUGGCUUUUAACGGCCGCGUGCAUUAAAGCAGGGCGACCCCAAAUAGCGAAACGUGCAAUAGAAUUAGCGGAAAGUCGGUUACUAAUGGACCAGUGGCCGGAAUAUUACGAUGGAAAACUCGGCCGAUUUAUCGGAAAACAAGCGCGUAAAAACCAAACAUGGUCAAUAGCCGGAUAUUUGGUAGCCAAAAUGAUGCUUGAAGAUCCAUCUCAUUUAGGUAUGAUAUCACUUGAAGAAGACAAACAAAUGAAGCCUCAGAUGAAAAGAUCUGCUUCAUGGGUUUGUUAAAUUGAAGAACACAACUUCAACUUCAAUAUAUUAUCAUCAUUAUUAUUAUUGUGUUUUUUUCACUCCAUGAUUUCGGGUUUUGUUUCUAACACUUGGUGUAUUAUACGCAUGCCCAUUGACAAGUCGGGAUUUGUUUAUGGUUUUGAACAAUGUGAAUUGAUGAAAUUUUGCAAGCGGUUUAAUAAUGUUCGGUUUGAA